AUGUGUGUUCUAUUAGCAGAUGGUGGGCGGAGGGGCCCGUCAGCCUUGGCCCUGGCCUGGAAACAUCCACUAGUGAUGGAGACCAAGCUGAAGAUUAUAGAAAUACUGCAGUUUAUCCUGGACGUUCGUUUGGACUACCGCAUCAGCUGCCCGCUGUCGAUCUUCAAGAAGGCCUUCGAGACCUCCUCGCCGGACGCUCUCGGUCGACUGGACGUGGAGGCCAUAGGACUACAGGCCGAGGGGAUCUUCAGAUGUCGGCAUGACACACACACACAUACAUACAUACCAACACCGACUAGGCGAGAUACAAAUACAAAGAUCAUUAGACGGUUUAGACCUGGAUGCUUGCGGCGGUCGUAUGGUGUUGAGAGUUCUGCUGCAGCUGUGUUCCCAGGGUGCUUCGGCCAGUCUCGUUUCAGGAACCCUAACCCAACCCUAUUCCGUCAUUUCAGUCAGAGACAAGAAGUUUUGGAGGCUUUUAAGCAGGUCCAACUGUUAGUGUCUGACGCGGACGUGGAGUCCUACAAACAGAUCAAGGCCGACCUGGACAUACUGAGACAGAGCGUUGAGAAGUCGGAGCUGUGGGUGUUCAAUAAGGGACGCGCCGGGAUUAUAGAUGAUCACAGCGAUAUAAAAGGCGCCGUUGGUCCUGGCGGGGCGGUGUUGGAGCGAAACGCGUCCUUAGACAACGUGCGAGCACCGAGAGGAGAUCGACAGGACUACGAUAAGAUUAAAGAGAUCCUGGAACGUAUGAUCAAGUAUUGUACCCAGGGCAACACGGCGAGGGAGGGGGGCGACUCGAGACCGCGGAGACACGAACAGAGGCUGCUGAGGAAUAUAGGAGUACAUAAUGUAGUGCUGGACCUGCUGCAGCAAAAGACGAAACUUCUCAGCAUUCCAUGGAUUCACCGUGCGGGUGCCGGGUCCAUCGCGUUGCAGGGGGAGGAGCUUCAACAGUGCCUGGGACUUGCGACCCAAGUGUAG